AUGAUAGCAUUAUGGUAUGCCGGCUUUUAUGUACUGGUGACUGGUCUUACGAUGCAGGCACAUCUUGUACACCUUCUGUGCCAGUUCAUGGUACUGGUAGACUGUUUUGAAAAUCUGUUGGAGGACUGCAGCGCGAAUUUCAUAGGUAUCAACGAAUGCGAUUUAAUUCACAAUAAAGAGUUUGCAGAAAAUAUUACCAAAAGACUUGGCAACUUAGUGAAACAACAUCAAUUUAUUUUAAGCCUCACGAGGGACUUAAAAGCCGUCUUGAGCGUUCCAAUGCUAGCCCAGUUAGCAGUCACUGGCUCGCUGGUAUGUGUUGCUGGUUAUCAGGGAGCCACGACUUUUGACCAAGGUGUAGUCAAAGCUUUAAUGAGCAUAAUAUUUUUAGUAUACAAUAUAUUUGAGCUUUACAUCGUUUGUAGAUGGUGUGAAGAAAUCACUACCUUGAGUUCAAAAUUAGGUGAAGCAAUAUACUGUUCUGGUUGGGAGCGUGGUGUGUCCCAGAUCCGUGGCGUACGGCCCACCAUCUUGAUUGUGAUGGCUCGAGCCCACAAACCUCUAUACUUCACAGCAGGAGGAAUGUAUAAUCUUACCGUUGAUUCUUUUGCCAGAUGCAGGAUGUUCACCAACAUGAUGUGCACGGAUGAUCUUAUAAAGAUCGCUGUCAUUAAGGGGCCUAAGGCCCUAACCCUCAGCGGACUUAAUAUGGCUGAUGAUGUCAAAUCUGAUGACCGCAAUUUUUUACAAAGGAUUGCCAAUAAAUCAUUUUACAACAAACUGGCGAUAUCUAUGGAUUCGCCAUACUUUGAUACAUCAACGGAGAAGCGAAAAAAAUUGGUCAAGGCUUGGGCACAGACGAAUGAGACAUAUUUGAAACUGCUUCUCUUCCUAGGAAAUAGUACACUUAUCACUUGGUUUAUAUACCCUCUGUUAGAUGACGUCGAAUACAACUUGAUUAUCGAUGUCCACGUACCCUUUUACUACAAGACUCCUAAGCUGUACCCAAUCGUGUACAUCAUGGUGGUGAUAGCAUUGUGGUACUGUGCAUAUUUUGUGAUGGUGACAGCUUUGACUACACAAGCGCAUCUCAUACAUCUUUUAUGUCAAUUCUCUGUACUGACAGACUGCUUUGAGAACGUUUUGAAUGAUUGCAGCAAAGACUUUGCCGUUGGUCAAAGGAUCAUACAGCACUCUAACAGUCCUGUUACGAUUUCGUCAUACUUAGAUUUACGACGAUUGCACAUUGCUGCGGAACAGUAG